AUGGUAGUGAGUGGGGUCGGGCCCAGGGGCCUGGAGGAGGACUCGAUAGGACCGCCGGGACCAACCUGGGCCGCGGUGUGGGCUGCGUACACCACGGUCUUCCUCCCCCUCAGCAACAGCCUCUACAGCAGCGACGCCCUGACCUUCUUCCUCUGGCUGAAGCAGAUGAAGGAGCUGGAGCAGGAGAAGGACUCUCUGCUGUCGGGACUGGAGGUGGUGGAACGAGCCCGAGACUGGUACCAGACCCAGAUCCACCACAUGAACGAGAGGCAGCGGCAGAUUGGCCAGAACCAACAGGGCCCCGCGAGUCCCGUGAGUCCCGACUUCCGCAGUGAAGCAACACAAAGCCGCAUGAACGUUUUAAUUCCCAAACUCAGAGAAGUCAACAGAUGUCUGAGUGAGCUCAUUACCUGCACAGGAAUGCCUACCUCCCCUGGUGGAAGUCCUGCCUCUCCAGUGUCCAGCAGCUCUCAGCCCCCCCCUGCAGCUCCUCCUGCAGCUCCUCCACAGGCCAUCCAGAGACUGAAGGACCAGAACAGACUCCUCACACAGGAGGUGUCAGAGAAGAGCGAGCGCAUCACGCAGCUGGAGCAGGAGAAACUCUACCUUCAUCUGACCCACCUGGACCCGCCCAGACUCUACCUUCAUCUGACCCACCUGGACCCGCCUGGACUCUACCUUCAUCUGACCCGCCUGAACCCGCCCAGACGCUACCAUCAUCUGUCCCGCCUGGACUCUACCUUCACCUGA